ACUAGUUCACUAAUAUAAUUCAAUCGACUUAUUUCAAACAUUUCUGAUCUUGGAAAGUAAUAUUCAAAAUCAAAUGGAUUUAAAAACGGAAAACAUUUCAUUGUGUGUUAUCAAAAUCGAGAUCGAUUUGGAAGCCAGCGCAGAGCAAGAAGGCGCUGUUUCCUCCGAGCAUCCCACCAAUCCGCGUGUACAGAAAGAGCGUGAACGCGAUCGUGGACUGCGACAGGCUCGCGACAUUGUCAUCGAGACGUACACGAAUCAACGUUGGACUCGAGAAUUGAGCGCUGGAGCUGAGAACGAGGCGACUAAGAUGAACUGGUCUGCUGCACUGCAGCAGCACACGACGAAUAGUCCGACAGCGGGAAGUUCACGGGAAACUACACCACGAAGUGGCGAUGAGUCAAAACCGGGUGCGACAGCCUCGAACUUUCCAAAGGAAAUCGGUUAUUUUUCGGGAAAUCCCAUUGUGGAGGUAACUAAAGGCAUCAUUCAUCUGUACAAGACGAAUGAGCGCAAGGCCAUAAAGGAAGCCCCCUCGAAUCAACUGUGUUUGCUGGCUGUGCCCGCGACUUUGAACUGUCAUGAUUUGCUCAACUUUAUUGCACCAUGUCAUGCUGUGAUCAGGCAUGUGCGCAUUGUACGCGAUGGCAGCCCCAAUCAGUUUAUGGUAUUGCUAGAAUUCCGUUCGAAUGAAGCUGCGUUAGAGUUUUAUAAAUCCUACAAUGGCAUUGCAUACAACUCCCUAGAGCCGGAUUCACUUUGCCAUGCCGUCUGGGUGUCGGCUGUAGAGCGUGGCGAACACGGAUUGCCCCCGUUCGGACACACUGAGCUGCCCACGUGCCCCGUGUGCCUGGAGCGCAUGGACGAGAGCGUCGAUGGCGUCUUAACCAUACUGUGUAAUCACGCUUUCCACGCCAGCUGCUUGAUGAAAUGGGGCGACUCCACUUGCCCGGUGUGCCGUCAUGUGCAAACUCCUGAGCUGGUUGAGGAUUCGGUGUGCAUGGAAUGUGAGGGCAUUGAUUCUCUGUGGAUAUGCUUGAUCUGUGGUCAUGUGGGUUGCGGUCGCUAUCAAGGCGGACAUGCAGCAGCGCAUUUUCGUGCGACAAAUCACACCUUUGCCAUGCAAUUGGGUACCUCGAGUGUGUGGGAUUAUGCUGGUGAUAAUUUUGUGCAUCGUCUCUUUCAAAAUAAAUCGGAUGGCAAGCUGGUGGCCUCCCAAACGGAGAAGGAUGAGCGCGAAGAUAAAAUCGAUUCUAUGCAAAUGGAGUUCACAUAUUUGUUAACUGCACAGAUGGAAACUCAACGCAAGUACUAUGAGGACCUAAUCGAACGUAAGGAGCAGGAGUGGCAGAAAGACAAGACAUCUGCGAGUGAAAAAACGACGGAGAUCGAUGAGCUGCAGCAAACGCAGCAAGCCAUGGUGAAGGAGAAGCAGAAUCUAGAACGGAAACUGGCACACCACGGGACAAAGCUUAAAGAGAUGACUAAACAGUUGGCCGAGGAACGUGAGCUGUCAAAGGCCUUCCAGACUAAUCAGAGCUCAUGGCAUGUUAAAUACAAGAACCUGGAGAAGCAGUACAACGAGUUCAAACACAAUCACGACAAAGAGGUCUCCGAACUGCAGGAACAACUGCGUGAUGUCAUGUUUUUUCUGGAUACCCAACAGAAAAUGGCCAACACUGAUUUAGCUGGCGCCUCCAUCACUGGCAUCACCGACAAGGAACCAACGUCGAGCACUCGUCGUGGCAAUCGUCGCAAGAAGAAGGACAUUUGAAUGUUCGAAAGUUGGUUCAAAUUCAAACCCAAAGUCCGUAGUAAAUGAUCUGAGAACCUAAUAACACAAAACAUAACAAUAACAUUAACAAACAACUCUAAAUGUGAUUUCCUUUGUGAAGCAAAAUGCUUGAGCAUUACUGAAUUGUAUUUCAUCUAAGAUAAUGUACUUAAUACCAUAUAUAUGAAUUAGAAAACCCUAUUAUGUACGUCUA